GGGAAGAAACGUUUUGAAAUACGAGGCAAUCACCCGAUAGCGCCGCCGAUCUUUAACGAAACCCUCGCGCCCGCAUGCGUCGCGGCGCCGAUCCUGAUCUAAUCCUCCGGCCGCACCAAUCGCAUCCUCCCCACGUUUGGUUGCUCCGCGGAAGCCAUCAUUUGGGAAGAGCACGACUGUUGUGAUUGCACUUUCAACUGUGCGUGGUCUUGCAUCGGGAUGUUUGCAUCACCGUGCGAUGGCCGCUUUCGAACGAGGUGCAAGGGGUGCGCAUUGCACGUCCGUUUUUCCUCAACGGCUUUGAAAGUGUAUUAUUAUAGCUGCGUACGUCUGCCCGUGGCUCCUGUUCUUCCUUCUUUCGUGCCUUUCGACAGUCUUUCGUUCACCCGUUUACAUUGCAUUCACGUUCACUUCACCAUGAAGCUCACUUCAUACUCCAUCUUGUUCGCUUUGGCGAGCACCAUCGCCGCCGCGCCUGUCCCUGGUGCAACCCCUAUCACCACGCCGACAUCUACCCUUACGGCGGUCCCCUGCACCGCCGCCACCAACGCAGAUGUGUUCCCCUUUGAGGGCACCGCCGAGCCCGGUGACGAUAGCGAAGCUGCGGGUUCUGCAGCAUCUGAAGGCACCACCCAAGCGAAUCAGCGGACUAGCGAAAUCACCAAGCCUGGGGCAGCGCAAGAUAGCUCUUUCUCCUCGGCCUGCAGUGACCAUGGAAAGAGCGCGUCUUCGGUUUCGUCGGGCGCGGGCUCGGGCGGCGACGACGGCGUCGAUGACACGGACUCAAACUCGAGCGCGUCAGCAGGAGUUACGAACCCUGACGCCGUGGACGCGCAGUCCGACGGGCUCUCUAACGCGGUAUCCCGAACCAUGAACACUCCUCUUGGGCCAGUUUCCGUGUCUUCGUCCGCGGCUGCUGCCGCUGCCGCGGAUGCGAACGGUGAUGACGCAGCCAGUGCAUCUAGCAGUGCUGAAAUGGACACCCCGCUCACUGGCCCUAUCCAAGCAAACGCGACUGCUAUAGAAAGCGUGGGCCAGGCAGUAGCAAAUGCCGAUAGCACCAAUGGCGAUACCAGCAACGAUCAACCGGCCUCAUCGUCAGGGCAAACCGCUGCAACCGGUGCCGAUGCCCAGGGUGCACCGUCUGAUACUACCGGCACCAACCCAGAUACUUCGGAUACCCAAUCGCAGUCCCUGGACAAUCCCAACGGAGACGCUGGAGCAGUCGCUGCGAGCGGUGGCUCGCCUAGCGGGUCAAAUGCGCACGCAAAGUCUGAGGCAACCGGGAACGGUGCUAAUAACAAUGCGGCGGCAGGGAACGCCGGAGCUGCCCCUAAUGGUGCUGGCGCAGGCACGGGCGCGAGUUGAGUUGGAGAUUCUCCGUCAGUCCAUCAGGGAGCGCGGGACGCAGCAGUUUUCGCGGCGAGUUGGCGACUUCAUACGUAUUUCUCCGCUCAAUGCCAGCCCUUUACUUCGCGAAGACUGUGCUCGAGCUUUGUCCAACUUCUCACGUCCUCGAGGCUGCGACAGUAUCUGCUUCCCAUCCGCAAUCGCUACGUCAUGUCGACGUUCGCCGAGAAUCGCCGGCCGGAUGUCGGCGUCUAUGGGUAAGCAGGAAACGUACUCGGUAGCCGCGCGGGCGAUAAGUUAUUGCUC